AAAACAUGUUGAACUUGAAGCUGACUCUUUAAAUUCAGAAAAUCUUCGAUUCGUCGGAGAAAGAUUUUUAAAUCUCCGACCUUAAACACAGGCAGAGAGACAAAAGAGUGUGUGUGUGAGAGAGAGAGAGUGUCUCUGUUUGAUAAAUAGGAGUAAUUAAGAUUAUUACUUAGUAUAUUAGAUCUUAGUUUGUUUAGGUUGAAAAAGAAAAAGAAAAGCCAAAAAUGCAUUCGUUUGGGUACAGAGCCAACGCUCUGAUAACGUUGGGGGUUACCGUACUUGCCCUCAUGUGCGCCAUGGCUUCUCUCUCCGACAACCUCAAUUCCCCCACUCCCUCUGCCCAAGUCCAGGUACUCAAUGUUAAUUGGUUUCAGAAGCAACGCAAUGGAAACGAGGAGGUUAGCUUGACAUUGAAUAUCUCAGCUGAUUUGCAGUCGAUGUUCACGUGGAACACUAAACAGGUCUUUGUCUUUCUAGCUGCUGAGUAUGAAACCCCAAAGAAUUCUCUGAAUCAGGUUUCCCUUUGGGAUGAUAUUAUACCAUCUAAAGAACGCGCAAAGUUUUUGAUUCACACCACAAAUAAGUAUCGCUUUAUUGAUCAGGUAAGCCUUUGGUAUUUAGCACUUUUCAUGUGUAGACCAGAACUGUUUUUGAUUCACACCACAAAUAAGUAUCGCUUUAUUGAUCAGGGAAGCAAUCUGCAGGGUAAAGAGUUUAACUUGACUCUGCACUGGCAUGUCAUGCCCAAAACUGGCAAGAUGUUUGCUGACAAAAUAGUUAUGACUGGAUACCGUCUGCCAGAAGAAUAUAGAUAAGGAUGUCUCUCUUGGAUUUUAAUGCAACUAUAAUCUUUGUUACAAUGAGGGGUAUUUGAGUUUGGAUUGUCUCAAAAAUGAACGGAGGACCCUGAAAUUAGUGAAAUUUUGUUAUGAAGGAUUCAGUUUCCUUGUAUGAUGAUCAUCAAGUAGUUCUUUAUCAUGAAAGGCUGCUACUAGUGAAUGGUCUAUAAUCUUGAGGGUCUAAUGGAUCUAUUUUUAUGCUGCA